UCACACACAGAAGCGCUGAAGAGAAGUGUGUGUGUGUGUGUGUGUGUGUGUGUGUAAGACACAUGAUGGAGAAAGAAGACGGGAGAGCAGACUUCCACAGACUGAUGUCAGCUGAGAGCUGGGGCUCCGAUCUGUCCAGCGACUCGUGCGAAUAUUACCAGACGGAGAUAUUCGGUCUGCUGCCGAGCUCUCAGGCUCAUCGACGGCUUCACGCGGAAACCAUCGCCGACCGGAAGGAGCAGAGUCUGCUGGACAGAGUGUCCUGGGACCCCAGCGUCCCGCUCCGAGAUCUGCCCGUCUGUCUGCAGGACAAGAGAGACGUCCGAGAGCAGCAGCACCUGCAGAGACACAGCAUUGGCCACUGGGACUCGUGGAGGCGGAGCCAGAACAAAACAAAGCAGCGCUUAAAGGAGCAUGUGGGCGGGGCCAUAUCGGCACUGUUGCCGUGGAGACACACGCUCUAUAAGAUUGAAGGUCAGUUUGGGGUCGGGGUGAAGGCGUACUUCGUGUUCCUGCGUUACCUGCUGUGUCUGAACCUGCUGUACUGCUUCAUUAUCACCGGAUCGGUGCUGACGCCGUCGCUGGUGUUCAGACGGAGCUCAGAGGAUCACGGAUCCCUGGGAUUCCAGAACUUCUCGUUCAAAGACUUCUUUGUCGGCUCGGGUGUUCUUGAGUCUUCCCCGGUGUUUCAUAGCUUCUUCACUAACGGGUCUCUUCGUUAUGAAUGUCUAAACACUCCGAUCCUCUUUCUCCUCGGCAUGACCUCUGUCCUCUUCCUCAGCAUCAUCAUGGUGGUCCGCAGGACAGUGGUUGGCUACAAGCAGUCGUGGCUCACAGGAAACCGCUACACCUCCAACCUGAGUUAUAAGGUUUUCUGUGGCUGGGAUUUCUGCAUCCAGAGCCCUCAAACAGCGUCACUGAAACAAAACUUCAUCCGAAACGAACUCAAGAUGGAUCUAGAAGAGCAGACGUUUAAACAGAAGGUCCAGGAGCGAUCUCUCAGGCGCUGGAUCGAACUCAUCUCCCUGAGGAUCCUUCUGAACUUCAUCGUGCUCGUUUUUCUGGGAGGCUCGUUCACCCUCAUCUGUUUUGCUCUCCAAAUGUCCAAAGAUGAGUGCGUCCAUCACUGGAGUGUGUGUCUGAUGUUGGAGUACCUUCCUCCGAUCACGAUGACGACGGUAAACUACGUACUUCCACACGUCUUCAGCAAGAUCUCAGAGUUUGAAGACUACUCGCUCACCAUUCAGCUGAACCUCACACUGAUCAGGAGUAUCUUCCUAAAGCUGGCGUCUUUGAGCAUCUAUCUGUUUUUCUUCAUUACUUCUUCAUCGGCCUCCAAAAAACAAGUCAAGUGCAAAGAGAACGAGUUUGGGAAGGAGAUGUACAAACUGACCAUCUUUAACCUCCUGGAGUGUUUCUUCACCGCGUUUUGUGUGGCCUACCCAAGAACGUUACUGGUGGAGAGGUUUCCGUCUUCAAAGAUGGCGAAGUUAUUAGGCAAGAAGCAGUUCGAGAUCUCCUUCAACGUUCUGGACCUGGUCAACAGUCAGACGGUCACGUGGGUCGGCGUCUUUUACUGCCCUCUGCUGCCGGCCAUCAACGCCAUCAGGCUGUUUUUCCUCUUCUAUGUCAAGAAGUUCACGGCGGUGCGGUGUUGUGCUCCGGCUCAGAGGAUGUUCAGGACCGCCAGUUCAUCCGUUCUCUUCCACUUCAUGCUGUUGUUGGGUCUCUUCGUGGCUGUGGUCACAUUAGUUGUCAACAUCAACAGGUUUGAUCAGGGCGGCUGUGGCCCGUUUGAAGGCAACGGGACGGUGUUUAACGUGACCAGUGUGUGUAUAAACACUCUUCCCAUAUCAGUCCAGACCACCAUCAACUACAUCUCAUCCGAGGCCUUCGCCUUCACGCUCAUACUGGCUGAAGUUGUGAUCCUGACGUCGUACGUGUCUCGUGGACGAGCCAAUCGUAAGGCCAUCGAGAGACUGAAGGACAUGCUGGUGAUGUGCAGCUCUGAUAAACGCUUCCUGGUGAAGCAGCACUCGACGUUCAUGAGACGACAGCAGAGGACACGCUAACGUCACGCCACGGAAACGGGAUUAAGAUGGGAUUUGCACUGAUUUCAUCUCAUUCAGAGCUUUCUUCUAUGUGCUCAUGACCUCUGACCUCUGAGUUCAGGUCAAAGUUUACCUGAAUACCAGUGACCAUGUAUAAAGGCAUUAACAAUCGCUAUAUUUGCUUUCACAUUAAUACACAAUAACUUCAAGCUGCAGUUUUGUUGCCUGUAACUUGAAAUGCUUUUAAAGUUUUUUGAUUGGCUGUCAAUAUUAAACAAAUAAUAGCUUUGAAAGUCACGCUUGCUCUGUACUUGUGUUAUUGUUAGAAUGUUAAAUGUUAGUUAUAUUCAUCAUACUCUAUCAGUUCUGUAUGUAAGUUGUGUGAUGCUUUUACGUUUUAAAGUUCUUGGUCAGUAUUAUUUACUCGUAAUAUAAUCAUUUUCGUUUGUUAUGCUUUAAUUUCUUAAGUGUGUGGAUUUCAGGUCGUUCUUCAGUGUAUUCUCACAAUAAAGUAUCACUGAUGUACUA